AUGAGCUUCGCUAUGCGUCCUUUGGGUCGUGAUACGCCUGAUGGUGCCUUGGUGGGCAUGAAUGAGCUUCCUCCGCCUGCCACGCUUGCCACGCCUGAUGAGCCGGCUGAUCCUGCUGAGUCUGCCGAGCCUACUGAGCCUGUUGAGUCUGGUCAGUCUGCUGGACCUGAGGUGGAGCACGAGGAGUAUCAAAUUACUCGUUUCCAUCCUUCAAUCGAACGCUCUGAUCGUGACGCCUUCCGCCGUCGUGCUCUCGAUGAAAUUGAAGAUGCUCCAUUCGGCUGGCGCCAUGUCCGUGCUAUCAUGGUUGCAGGUGUCGGCUUCUUUACUGACGCUUACGACAUCUUCGCCAUCAAUCUUUGUGUCAGCAUGCUUGGCGUUGUUUACUGGCAGUCAGCCCAUGAUCACCCCGGCAAAAUUCCCUCCAGCUCCGACACUGCUCUCAAGGUUGCCACUUCUGGCGGUACUGUCAUCGGUCAGCUUGUAUUCGGAAUGCUUGCUGAUAUCUUCGGACGCAAGCGCAUGUACGGCAUCGAACUUAUGAUCAUUAUCUUCGCUACCAUGGCUCAAGCUCUGUGUGGAAACUCCCGCGCUGUCUCUAUCACCGGUAUUCUCAUCUUCUGGCGUGUCAUCAUGGGCAUUGGAAUUGGCGGCGACUAUCCCCUUUCUUCUAUCAUUACCUCCGAGUUCGCAAACACCAAAUGGCGCGGUGCAAUGAUGGGUGCUGUCUUUGCCAUGCAGGGCUUUGGUCAAUUCGCUGCAGCAAUCGUCGCAUUGAUCGUGACUUCUGGUUUCAAGGAAUCCCUCGAAUCCGCUAAAGAUGUCGGUCACUGUACUGGUGACUGUCAACUCGCUGUGGACAAGAUGUGGCGUACUGUUAUCGGCAUAGGCGCUAUACCAGCCUGCAUUGCUCUGUAUUUCCGUCUGACUAUUCCCGAGACCCCUCAUUACACUUUUGAUGUGGGCCGAGACCCCAUCAAGGCACAUGCGGACAUUCAAGCCUACGUUAUGGGCCAACGUGAAGGCCGCCCCAACCUACUUGAACGCGCUCUCCAUGUCGGCACUCUACUCCCCAUGCCCGACUUCCUGCAGCCUCGCGCAAGUUGGAAAGAUUUCCGCAAGUGUUUCUGGAACUGGAAGAAUGGCAAGACUCUUCUUGGCACGGCGAGCUCCUGGUUUUUCCUUGAUGUUGCCUUCUACGGUCUUGGUCUGAACAACUCGGUAAUCCUCAGCGCGAUUGGCUGGACCGGCGGCGAGAAUGUCUAUGAGAUAUUCUAUCGCAACGCCGUCGGAAACCUGAUUCUCAUCUGUGCCGGUGCGAUCCCUGGAUACUGGAUGACUGUGGCCACCGUCGAUACGAUCGGGCGAAAGCCCAUUCAGAUUGUCGGCUUCGUCUUGCUUACCAUACUGUUCGGCGUCAUCGGGUUCGAUUACCACCCGUUGAAGGAGUCACACAAUGGGCUGUUGGGUCUUUACGUGGUCGCUCAGUUCUUUUUCAACUUCGGCCCAAAUGCGACCACCUUUAUUGUCCCCGGCGAGUGCUUCCCGACUCGCUACCGCUCUACCGCUCAUGGUAUCAGCGCCGCCGCGGGCAAGAUUGGUGCGAUCAUCGCACAGUGCGUGUUCGGGCCCCUGGUCAACAAGGGAGCGCCAAAGGGUUCAACCGACAGUCCGUGGUUGAACAAUGUCAUGAAGAUCUUCUGCCUCUUCAUGUUUUGUGGAAUCCUCACCUCGUUCCUGAUUCCGGAGACAAAGAGAUUGUCUCUGGAUGAAAUUUCGGGGGAGUUCACCGAGGAGCGUACGGCUCCGGAUGAAGAGAUCGCCCAAGAGACCCAAGCCAACAAGGAGCCUGAGGCUGACACCCAAGGCCGCUAA